CCCACCUCAGUCGGUGUAGCGAAGAAUUAAUGUAUUGCUUAAUAAUGGGAUACAUGUCAACAUCUGAUCCGUCUGCGGUGCUUGGCUGAACAUUUAAAUCUGAGCUCAACCAAUCACAGUUGUGUAUCAACCGUUUUCCUCAAUCAUGUCGGAUUUGAAUGACAACUCUUUGAACAUAAAUUUCUUGAAAGAAUCUGUGUUGAAGAGGCUCUGUGAGUCUCUUGACAAGGCCAACAAUAAGGGAUGGCGAAAACUGGGGGAGAUUUUGAAAAGUGACAAGCGAUUCAAAGUGAGUCUCGAUGAUAUGGACAUGUGUUCUCUGAAGGCUUUGGAGGCGGAUGGAAGUCCUUCCCGCAGUCUGCUCAAACUCAUUGGAGAUCAAGGAUGUAUGGUGGGUGAACUGGUGGAGUUUCUACAGAUCGUGGGUCAUACGGAUGCCCUGCAGUGUCUGAAAAAAGGAUUUCAAAUCCUUGUCCAGCCGCAGUCGGUGGCUGUCAUUGCUGGACACAACCUUCGUCUCAGUUGUUAUGCUGUUGGUGCUUCACAUGUGCAAUUCCAGUGGUUUAAGAAAACGGAAGAGGUACAUAACAGCUCCUCCCCAGACCUGGUGUUCAGUCCAGUCCGGCUCAAAGAUGCAGGGUUUUACAUCUGUCGGGUGAACUGUGGAAACGCAUAUGAGUUCAGUCACUGGGCCCAAGUAGAUGUCCUCGAUGUUCCACCAAGAUAUGUGUCUCUGGCUUCAGAGGGUAGGCCAAGGGUGCUGAUCCAGCCUCAACCUCAAAGGCUGCUGGUGGGAGAUUUACUCGAUCUGGAGUGUGGAGCUAUUGGAAGACCACUACCGCAAUAUCAAUGGUACAGAAACGGAGUGCCGAUCAAAAAAGCCACUAAGAGGAUGUACACAGUCAAGAAUUUGUUGCCAGAGCACCAGGGAAGGUAUCGCUGUGAGAUCUUCUGCAGUAAUGAACGAACAUGGAGCAAUGAAGUGGAUGUUGUUGUUGUUGUUGUUAUAGCAAAUCCUUGCCAUUCUGAAAUGAAAGAGCCAAGAAUAUCUCGUGAAAUUUCAGGAGCAAUGGAGUGCUCUGAAGAUGAUUUUUUGACUAUUGAUAGGGAUUACAGACUUGAGAAACCUUAUGCUACAGACAAAGUGGCUCUUCUGAUUGGUAACCUCACAUAUCGAAACCACCCACAGCUGAAAGCACCCAUGGUUGACGUGUACGACCUCACCAAUCUGCUGCGGCAACUCAACUUUAAAGUGGUGUCUCUGCUGGAUCUAACCGAGUUCGAGAUGAGGAACGCUGUGGAGGAGUUCUUGUCCCUGCUUCGUAAGGGAGUGUAUGGUUUGUUGUAUUAUGCUGGACAUGGUUAUGAGAACUUUGGGAACAGCUUCAUGGUGCCUGUUGAUGCCCCAAAUCCAUACCGUUCAGGCAACUGUCUCUGUGUUCAGAGCAUUCUGAAACUGAUGCAGGAGAAGGAAACUGGACUCAAUGUCUUCCUCCUCGACAUGUGCAGGAAAAGAAAUCUACAUGACGAUGCCACACCAAAUGUUGUGCUCAAAGUUACAGCCAAUAUUGUGUUUGGAUAUGCCACUUGCCAAGAUGCUGAGGCUUUUGAACUGAGUUCAAGUGGAUUCACCAAUGGAGUCUUUAUUAAAUUCCUGAAGGAGCGCCUCCUAGAGGAUGAGAAGAUAACUGUUUUGCUAGACAGUGUGGCUGAAGAUAUGGGUCAGUUUGACCCCACAAAGGGUAAGCAGGCUCUAGAGAUCCGCAGCAGCCUGUCAGAGAGACGGUCCCUCACCGAUCCCAUCCGCCCCGGGGACUACUCAGAUGCAGCCGAGGCACACAACCUGCUCUGGUCUAAAGCACAUGAACUGCCGGAGAGUAAAAUUCUGGACUUUGAAUGUGGAGUUCAGAUAAAAAUGGACUUUGCUGCUGAGUUUUCCAAUGUGCUGGUCAUCUACACCAGCAUUGUGAAAAAGCCAGAAGAGAUGCUGUCCUGUCAGGCACACAUAACUAACCUCCCUUUGGAUCUGGAUGUGGACCCUAAGCUGAUGAAUAAAGAAACUCUGGAGGAAACAGGAAGCUUCCUACUUUCAGGGAGUCUUCCUCAGCACUGCCUCUACACCAGACUCGGCUCACUGCAGAAACUUAAGGAGGAACUAGCUUUCACUGUCUGCCUACACGUCCAGUUUAACUCCCUAGACGACCUGGUCCAGUGGAACAUGGACAUUAACGUCGGCAAGCCCCUCACUGCCAAACUGGAUCUCAACUGUCCCACCAGGAAGAACAGCUGUCAGCUGACGUGUCACAUGCCGCACAGCCCCUCGACCAGCCCCAGCCACAGUCCCGCGUCUGACCGCCGCUUCCACAGCCAGGGCCCCCAGCAGCACACCAACCCCUACCUCAACGUCUGUGAGCCCCUCCACGGAGCUGUAGGGGGUUAUGGGGACUUUCGAUUGUAUGGUGACCAUACAUAUCAAUAUGAGAAUAUGCCAUGCUCACCCUUCCUGAACCCACCAAGUAUUCCCAUUGAGACCACUGAUGACAUUGACGACAUGCAGAAUGAGUUCAUGAAUAGUUUGCAACUCUAUAACCACCCCUGAGUGAAUACACAGCGUUAAACCAAUGAUUAAAGGGAUACUCCACACAAAAAUGAAAAUUCUCAUCAUUUAGCCAUCCCAGAUGUAUAUAACUGACUUUCCUUCAAUGAACACAGAUUUUUUUUUAGAAAAAUCCAUCUCUGUGAGUCUAUAUAAUGGAAGUGUAUGGGAUCACCAAAGUUGGCACUUCAAAAAUUAAAAACCACACAAAGUGAACUUGAUGGCAAUCCAUCUGACCCCAGUUAUGGAAGCAAUGGUUUAGUUAAAGUUAGUAAAUAUUAGUGUUUUUCUCAUAUACUUGUGGUGUUUUGCUUCAGAGAACAUUGAUUCAUCAACUGGGGUCGUAUGGAGUACUGUCACUGUCGUGUUUGCUUUUUGAAGCAUCGGCUUUGUCAAAAAGUCAAAAAAGUUGCCCAAAAAGUCAUAUACAUCCGGGACGGCAUUAGAAUGAAUAAAUUAUGAGAAAAAUGAUCAUGUAAGGUGGAGUACCCCUUUAAAGACUGUGUAGUUAGUAUAUUAAAUGUCAAGGGUGUAUUUUUUUCCAUUUUGUAAAGAUUUUAUU